AUGGUGAUGACCAAGGCCACAUGGGUUCCCGUUCUUGCCCUCGCGGCGGUUCUCCUGGUGAUCCUAACCCCAGCAGCUGAAGCGGUGACGUGCUCGCCAAUGCAGCUAAGCCCAUGUGCAGCGGCGAUAACGUCGUCUUCUCCACCAUCGGCGCUGUGCUGCGCGAAGCUGAAGGAGCAGAAGCCAUGCCUAUGUGGGUACAUGAGAAACCCUAGCCUCCGUCGCUUCGUCAGCUCUUCCAACGCUCGUAAAGUCUCUAACCGCUGCAAGCUUCCCAUCCCAAAGUGUUGA